GUUUGAAUCCAUGGACACUACAGGCACUGAGGCACAGUAUAGCGUCCAUAUGUAAGUCGGCCGGGCAGCAGGAACAGGAAUCCGUACUGUCCCCGGUGUGGGGCGGCGGUACACGCUGUGUGCAGCAGGGACAGGAAUCCGUACUGUCCCCGGUGUGGGGCGGUGCACGCUGUGUGCAGCAGGAACAGGAAUCCGUACUGUCCCCGGUGUGGGGCGGUGCACGCUGUGUACAGCAGGAACUGGAAUCCGUACUGUCCCCGUGUUGUCGGUGUGGGGCGGUGCACGCUGUGUGCAGCAGGGACAGGAAUCCGUACUGUCCCCGGUGUGGGGCGGUGCACGCUGUGUGCAGCAGGAACUGGAAUCCGUACUGUCCCCGUGUUGUCGGUGUGGGGCGGUGCACGCUGUGUGCAGCAGGAACAGGAAGCAGAGGGCGGCACACAACCAGAAGCUGAGGGCGAUGUGAGGCAGCCGGUACCCGCUGUGUGAGGGGAGAGAGAGUGCUCGUAAGUCUCCGAACGUUUCGGUCCAGGUGGACUUUCUUCAGCGGUGUUGCCUAUAGACGGUGAUUUGACCCAGAAGAGGUCCAGGAAGUGAUCAGACUAUGAACAAUGGGGCUGCCUAUACACUUUGUUGUUGAUCCACAGGGAUGGUGCUGCGUUGGGGUUAUAUUCUUCAUCUGGCUCUACAACACAGUGUUUGUUCCAAAACUCAUCCUCUUCCCACGCUUUGAAGAAGGACAUGUAAACACUGCUGCAAUAUGGGGUUAUUAUAUGACUUCCUUCUUUUGUGUGGUUUCACUUUUAAGAGCAUCAACUGCAGAUCCCGGUAAACUGCAAGAUAGUCCAAAAAUCCCUCUCACAGAAAAAGAAUUUUGGGAACUGUGCAACAAAUGUAAUAUGAUGAGACCAAAGCGCUCUCACCACUGCAGUCGAUGUGGACACUGUGUCAGAAGGAUGGAUCACCACUGUCCAUGGAUAAAUAACUGCGUUGGAGAAGAUAACCACUGGCUGUUUCUGCAGCUUUGCUUCUAUACACAACUUCUUAGUGGCUACACGCUCAUUCUAGAUUUCUGCCACUAUUAUUACUUUUUGCCACUGAAAGCCAUCAACUGGGAUUUAUUUGUAUUCAGACAUGAGCUGGCACUGCUUAGAAUAUCAACGUUUAUGGGCAUUGUCAUGUUUGGAGGAAUGUGUAGUCUGUUCUACACGCAGGUUGUCGGCAUACUAACGGAUAUGACUACUAUAGAAAAGAUGUCCAAUUGCUGUGAUGAAAUAUCGAGAGCUCGAAAACCAUGGCAGCAGACCCUCUCAGAAGUUUUUGGCACUCGCUGGAAGAUCCUGUGGUUCAUUCCUUUCAGGCGGAGGCGACCACUGCGAGUCUCCUACUACUUUGCCAAUCAUGUCUAAACAGAUGGAUGGUGGGCACAGAUGGGUCCGCCACGCUGGAAGCAAGUUACAGGUUUUAUCAUAACAGUGCUAUGACAGUCUUCAAGUCAAUUAUAAUCCACCCACCAAUCUUAGACAUCACAAAGUGCCCCAGGCUUUGUUUUAAUAGUGAUCUCAAUGCGGUUGUGGGAACAGUACAAGAUAUGUAUUUAUGUGCUGAACGUUGUUUCCUUUCAAGAUGUCCUUUUCCCCUCAGGACACAUUGAGCACCCUCAGGCUAUGAACUAAAACCAUGGAUUAAGAUUUAUGUCGGGCAAAAGUUUUCAA